AUGUUUUCAAUAGCGGAUGGAUAUUGUCACAUGACGCUUUCUACGUCACAACGUUUUCUUUGUAUAAAUACAAUACAUGAACUAUAUUAAACGUAGAAGCAAGAAGACAUCUUUAAAGAGAGUUUUGUGAAGUUUUCUCUGAAGUCAAUCGUGCAAAGAUGCAGAUCUUCGUGAAGACCCUGACAGGCAAGACCAUCACCCUUGAGGUUGAGCCAAGCGACACCAUUGAGAACGUGAAGGCCAAGAUCCAGGACAAGGAGGGCAUCCCCCCAGACCAGCAGAGGCUGAUAUUUGCCGGCAAGCAGCUAGAAGAUGGCCGCACCCUCUCAGACUACAACAUCCAGAAAGAAUCCACCCUCCAUCUUGUGCUGCGUCUCAGGGGAGGCAUGCAGAUCUUCGUGAAGACCCUGACAGGCAAGACCAUCACCCUCGAGGUUGAGCCAAGCGACACCAUUGAGAACGUGAAGGCCAAGAUCCAGGACAAGGAGGGCAUCCCCCCAGACCAGCAGAGGCUGAUCUUUGCCGGCAAGCAGCUAGAAGAUGGCCGCACCCUCUCAGACUACAACAUCCAGAAAGAAUCCACCCUCCAUCUUGUGCUGCGUCUCAGGGGAGGCAUGCAGAUCUUCGUGAAGACCCUGACAGGCAAGACCAUCACCCUUGAGGUUGAGCCAAGCGACACCAUUGAGAACGUGAAGGCCAAGAUCCAGGACAAGGAGGGCAUCCCCCCAGACCAGCAGAGGCUGAUCUUUGCCGGCAAGCAGCUAGAAGAUGGCCGCACCCUCUCAGACUACAAUAUCCAGAAAGAAUCCACCCUCCAUCUUGUGCUGCGUCUCAGGGGAGGCAUGCAGAUCUUCGUGAAGACCCUGACAGGCAAGACCAUCACCCUUGAGGUUGAGCCAAGCGACACCAUUGAGAACGUGAAGGCCAAGAUCCAGGACAAGGAGGGCAUCCCCCCAGACCAGCAGAGGCUGAUCUUUGCCGGCAAGCAGCUAGAAGAUGGCCGCACCCUCUCAGACUACAAUAUCCAGAAAGAAUCCACCCUCCAUCUUGUGCUGCGUCUCAGGGGAGGCAUGCAGAUCUUCGUGAAGACCCUGACAGGCAAGACCAUCACCCUCGAGGUUGAGCCAAGCGACACCAUUGAGAACGUGAAGGCCAAGAUCCAGGACAAGGAGGGCAUCCCCCCAGACCAGCAGAGGCUGAUCUUUGCCGGCAAGCAGCUAGAAGAUGGCCGCACCCUCUCAGACUACAACAUCCAGAAAGAAUCCACCCUCCAUCUUGUGCUGCGUCUCAGGGGAGGCAUGCAGAUCUUCGUGAAGACCCUGACAGGCAAGACCAUCACCCUCGAGGUUGAGCCAAGCGACACCAUUGAGAAUGUGAAGGCCAAGAUCCAGGACAAGGAGGGCAUCCCCCCAGACCAGCAGAGGCUGAUCUUUGCCGGCAAGCAGCUAGAAGAUGGCCGCACCCUCUCAGACUACAACAUCCAGAAAGAAUCCACCCUCCAUCUUGUGCUGCGUCUCAGGGGAGGCAUGCAGAUCUUCGUGAAGACCCUGACAGGCAAGACCAUCACCCUCGAGGUUGAGCCAAGCGACACCAUUGAGAAUGUGAAGGCCAAGAUCCAGGACAAGGAGGGCAUCCCCCCAGACCAGCAGAGGCUAAUCUUUGCCGGCAAGCAGCUAGAAGAUGGCCGCACCCUCUCAGACUACAACAUCCAGAAAGAAUCCACCCUCCAUCUUGUGCUGCGUCUCAGGGGAGGCAUGCAGAUCUUCGUGAAGACCCUGACAGGCAAGACCAUCACCCUCGAGGUUGAGCCAAGCGACACCAUUGAGAACGUGAAGGCCAAGAUCCAGGACAAGGAGGGCAUCCCCCCAGACCAGCAGAGGCUGAUCUUUGCCGGCAAGCAGCUAGAAGAUGGCCGCACCCUCUCAGACUACAACAUCCAGAAAGAAUCCACCCUCCAUCUUGUGCUGCGUCUCAGGGGAGGACCUUAAGUUUCCCCUGCUUUUUUCAAAAGUUACCAAAUAUAUUUUUCAAUUCUUGAAGCCAUAAAGGUUUUUAGUUUAUUUUGUAUUCAGUUUCCUUUCACAGCUUUGAUGUUAUUAUACAAACAAUAAUACAAUGGAUCUUAAAUUGAUUACAUGAGGUGUGUUUGACAAUGUGUAAGAAACAUAGUAUAUUGUCACACUUGUAAUGAAACAAUGCUAUUUAAUUAAACCUUUAUAUAUAUAUGCUAAA